UAUUCAUUUCAUCAAUCAUCAUGGAUUUGACAGUUGAUGAAUUCAUGGAGGGUCUUUUAAGCAAAGAGUCGUAUGAGAAACCAUCGGACACGGUGAGCCAUGAGAAAUUGGAAAUGAAACUACCCGAAUGGUUCGAUGAAAAACUCUUUAAAAAGGGUCAACGUUUCUAUUGGAAAUUUUGCUUCGGCUUCUCGUACUCGAAUUUCCUAGGUCUAGUUGCGCUGUUUGCUAUCCCCUCCAUUCUGCAAGUACUGGCAGGCUCCAGGAGGUCGUCUACCACAUACACUGCUUAUAAAAGAUAUGUCGCCACCUUCUUACAUUUCCAGUCCUGGUUGAAAUGUGAACUGAAACCGGGGAGUGUAUCGUGGAAAUCACUUACCUCCGUUCGCAGAGCACAUAUUAUUAAUGGCCGCGCAGCGCGUUUGAAGAAGAAAGGAACAGUCUCACAACGAGAUGUCGCUCUCACUCUCUUCGGUCUUAUCGGACUUGGAAUCUUGAAGCCAGAUCGCUUCGGUGUGAGACAGGUGGAGGAAGAUGACUGGGAGGCGUAUAACCACUUUUGGGCAGUUAUUGGUUACAUGCUUGGCUUAGAAGAUAGAUAUAACGUCUGUCGGAGAAACAUAGACGAAACACGUGAGGUGUUCCAAUUAAUUUUGGAUCGAGUGCACACUCCGUGCUUAGUGAACGUUCCAGAAUACUUCGAACACAUGGCUCGCGUGAUGAUGGACGGAUUGCGGCCGUUGAUGGGCGCGACGGAGUCUGACAAUGUCAUGUACAUCACCAAGAACAUGUUCAAUGUCCCCGGGUACAUUAUUACAGAAAGCGAUAGGAUUAACCUGCAGCGGAGAUUGAAAGAACAACUAGGUGGAAAACAUAAAGAUACAGGUGUAGAUGUGUCAUCAUUGAUAGAAAAAACAAGCAUAGAAGGCCUGCCGGAUACCACACCUACUCUACUCUACCUUAAAGACUACGACAGUUUAGAAACAGCGCCCGAAUACAAGAAACUUUCUUCCAGUUCGAAAUCCAAAUUAGGAACACUAAAUAUUAUAAUGUCUGUCUACACCACAACCAUUGGACGAGUAUUAUUGAACUGGUUGUUCAGAUACUCUAUGUUUAUGGCGGAGUAUUUCCCGUAUGGUGCCUUCUUUUUGUACGGCGUCAAGAAAUCGUAUGUCGAUAUUUUUAAAGACCCAGAAAUGGAUACAACUCCUCCGAAGCCUAACUCUGAGUACUACAAAAAGAAACCAACGCCGUGGUAUAAUUCAUUCUUUAGUUUUUGGUCAAGUUAGAUGGUUUAAGAUAUAAGAAGAUAAGAAGAAAUAAGAAUAUUCUAACAAUCAAUUGACAAUCUUUUGUGAGAUAAUUUUUAUUAGUUUUAAUUUAAGUAAUAAAUAAAUGUUUUAAUAUUCGUAAUUUCUUGUCUCAUCCUAAGGUAUUCCAAAAUAAUAGACACAAAUCAAUUACUAAAACAGGUUGGCUUCAUUAAUAAUAUCUAUAAACCGGCAAGGCUAUCUGAACCGGUGGGCAUAAGUCAAACAACAUAAUGACAGCACACUAGCGUCUAAAUGUCAACGUCAAAAAUGUCACAAGAUCCUCUUUGUACUAUAAUAACUUCA